CGGAGGGACCAGCCACAGGGCGCACCCCCGUCCUCCCACAAACUUGGGGAAGUGGGGACACAAACCCGGCCCCCGGAGCAGAGAGGCCUGGUCUGCUGCUGAACUGAACGCGGGCCGGACUGCGCUCCCCGUGGGGCGCCAACUUCCCGGCGCGAGAGUAACGGGGUUUCCAGACGCCUGGCUGCUGGCGAGGUUCCGAGAAACUCAGCCGGGUGGGGUAGCGCUCGGACCGCGAGCAGCGAUGGAGGGUCCACGCUGAAGCUCGGACACAUCUACUCAUCAGAGAGCCUGUGUCUCCAGCGCGCGGAAACCGCCCCGGGGCCGCGCGCCCCGGCCGCCCGCCGCGCGCGCGCGCGCGCGGGGUCUCCACCGGCCGGAUGUUGACGGCGUCGCCUAGUAACGGGAGAUGGCGGAGCCGGGCGGCGGGGCCGGCGGGUCUCGCUGGGAGGGAGACUCGACCCCCGAAGCGGAGGACCAGGACACCGGAGGCCACAGGGUGCCAACGGCAGAGGAGGGUGGUGACCAGGAAAAUGAAGACCCUGUUGAUGCUGCAGAACCUCCUGAGAGGGGGGUGGCACCCGAAGGGGAAGUCGCACCUGGUGGGGAAGCAGCACCUGGUGGAGAAGUGGCACCUGAUGGAGAAGCAGCACCUGAUGGAGAAGUCGCACCCGAAGGGGAAGUCGCACCCGAAGGGGAAGUGGCACCUGGUGGAGAAGCAGCACCUGGUGGGGAAGUGGCACCUGAUGGAGAAGUGGCACCUGGUGGGGAAGUGGCACCUGGUGGGGAAGUGGCACCUGAUGGGGAAGUCGCACCCGAAGGGGAAGCAGCACCUGGUGGAGAAGUCACACCUGGUGGGGAAGUCUCACCUGCCGAGGAAGUGGAGACCUCGGAGGAGGUGGAGACCUCGGAGGAGGUGGAGAUGGAGGAGGAGUUGGAGUCUGAAGAGGACACCAUGUCCCCUGAGGGCAGAGCCAGCUCUUCGGACGCCAGUCCCGGGGACGUGGGCAGAGAGGAAGGUCGCUCCGCGUCCCCGUCUGAAAGGGCACGGAGGGCGGCCCGUCUCCAGGACGGAGAGCCCCUCCCUCGGGCAGGACCCCGGGACGUCGGCCGUGGUGCUCCCCGGCGCAGGGCCAGCCCCCCGGACACGUCGGAGGAGGAGCUGCCGCGGGAGGGCCCUGCUCGGUGGGCCCGGCACCCCCUGAGGCUGAGCCGGUGGGGCAGCGCCUCCUCCUCGGACGAGCUGCUCCUGACCCCGGAGGGGCCCUCGGGACGCGAGCCAGAGGAGCCCGACGCCCGCUCCAGGGAAGACUCCCCGCCCUCCUUCCCGGACGGGACCCAGGAGCCCAGCCCCUCCCGGGAAGGGCCGGCGCAGCCCGCGGAGUCCGAGGGGAGUGAGCAGGCCGCUGCGGAGGAAGACGCGGCCCCGCUGGUGGUCCUGGACCCGAGCCACCCCCUGAUGCUGAGAUUCCAGGCCGCCCUCAAGAGCUACCUGCAGCGCCAGAUAGAGAAGCUGACGCUGGAGGUCCGCGAGCUGGGCAUGGCCACCAAGCGCAGCCGGGCCCAGCGGCAGGAGCUGGGGGUGGACCUCUAUGGGGUGCAGCAGCACCUGGCGCGCCUGCAGAUGCAGCUGGAGAAGAGCCACGACCGCCACUCCAUCACGGCGUGCGCCCGCCAGAAGCAGGAGGAAGAGCUGAAGCAGGCGCGGGCGCUCUACGCCAAGACCUGCGAGGCCACCAACGAGGAACACAGGAAGCUGGCGGCCCUGCACGCGGAGAUGGAGAACCUGUCCCUGAACGUCUUCUACAUGCAGAACGUGGACCGGGACGUGCAGGGUGACAUCCUCGUGAUGACGCAGGUCGUGAAGAAGUCGGAGGCGGAGCGGGCGCGGGCCGAGCUGGAAAAGAAGCAGCAGGACCUGCACGUGGACCGACUCACCGCCAGGGCCCACCAGCUGGAGGAACAAAUCGCCCUGUUCGAGGCUCAGCACGUCGCCCAGGCGGAGGACACCCAGCUGCUGCGGAAGGCUGUGAGCGAGGCCGGCGCGGAGAUCGACGCCAUCGCCAUGGAGAAGAGGCGGAUCCUGCAGCAGUGGGCCGCCUGCCUGGUGGGCAUGAAGUGUCGGGACGAUGCCCACCAGACCAUCCGGGAGGUGCUCAGCGAGUGCCGGCACCAGCUGAAGUCCCUGGACGCCGAGGUGGAAGCCUACAAGAAGUCCAUCGUGCGCGAGGAGGAGAAGAACGAGCGGCUGGCGGGCCUCCUGCACCGGGCGGAGACGGGCACGGCGCUGACGCAGAAGCUGACCGCGCAGUGCCUGACCCGGCAGGAGGCGCUGCAGGGCCAGGUCAACACCUACCGGCUGGUGCUGCAGGACACGGAGGACGCGCUGGGCCGCGCCCACACGGAGCAGGAGGCGGCCAUGGCCGAGCUGCAGGCGGCCCGCCAGGCCAUCCGGCAGGAGCUGGACGUGCGCCGGAAGCUGGACACCUGCAUCCUGGAGAAGCUGCAGGAGCAGGUGACCUCCAACAAGAUGACCAAGUACUUCCACCAGCUCAUCCUGAAGCUGCGGAAGGAGAAGACCAACCUGGUGACGCAUCUCUCCAAAAUCGACGGCGACAUCGCCCAGGCCACGCUGGACAUCACGAACACGGCCUGCAGGCUGGAGGCCCACCGGGCGGCGCUGGCCGAGCUGGACGGCGAGGUGAAGAGGGCGGGCGAGCUCAUCAGCACCAGCGAGAGCGAGGUGUGCCGGCGCACGACGCUGAUCGAGCGGAAGCAGGGCCUGAUCAACACACUGAGCAAGGAGCUGGAGCAGAUGGUGUCGGAGCUGGGGGGCGAGGAGCUGGGGCCCCUGGAGCUGGAGAUGAAGAGGCUGCACCGGCAGCUGGAUGAGCAGGGCGCGGAGGUGACGCGGGCCCAGGCCAGCUGGCUGCGGCUGCAGCACGACAUGGUGAGGGCCACGCAGGAGCGCGAGGAGCAGCUCGCCUCCUUGCAGCUGCUCCGGAAGGAGGUGCACAUCCUGGAGCGGAAGAAGCUGCGCAUCGAGAACAAGAUCGACCAGGAGAAGAAGGAGCAGAAGGACAUCGAGCGGCACCUGCGAGACCUGGACAACGACCUGCGGAAGCUCAACGUGCUGCUGAGCAAGAGCCGCAGCACCUCGGCGGACCUGCAGCAGGACCGCCUGGCGGCCGAGGGCGCCUUCGUGCAGGCGCUCAAGGCCUCGGAGCGGGAGACCCUCCAGAUGCAGGAGCGGCUGGACCAGCUGACGGAGGAGAAGGCGUCCAUCCUCAACAGCCUGGUGGAGGCCGAGCACCAGAUCAUGCUCUGGGAGAAGAAGAUCCAGCUGGCCAAGGAGAUGCGUGCCUCGGUGAGCUCGGAGACGGGCCAGACGGAGAUCCGCGCCAUGAAGGCCGAGAUCCACAGGAUGCAGGUCAAGCACGCGCAGCUGCUGAAGCGACAGGAGAGGAUGGUCCGCGACAUGGAGCUGGCCGUCACCCGCAGGGAGACCAUCGCCACCCAGGCCGAGGGGCAGAGCAAGAGGGACAAGAAGCUGCUCACCCGGACGGACUUCUACCACAAGCAGGCGGAGCUGCGGCGGAAGAUCAGGGACCUUCACAAAGCCACCGAGGUGUGCAGCAACAACAUCCUGGAACUGGAGGAAACCCAGAAGCGCAUGAGCGACUCUCUCGUGGAGAAGCAGGCGCAGCUGACGGCCAUGCAGACGCAGACCGAGGAGCUCGAAGCCGACCUGGAGCGGCUCACCGCCCUCAAGCGGCAGAGACUCUCCGAGCUCGUGGCCCUGCAGACACGCCUGAAGCACCUGCAGGCCGUGAGGGAGGGCAGGUACGUGUUCCUGUUCCGCUCCAAGCAGUCGCUGCUGGAGGAGCGCCAGCGCCUGGACAACCGGCUGGCCACCAUCGGCACCAUCCUCGCCCGCGUGCAGGAGGAGCACCCCCAGUUCCGGAAGGCCCUGCUCAAGCUCACGGAGACCGUGGCCGGCAAGCUGGGCGCCCCCAGGCCCUCCCUCUAGGAGGCAGCCCGGCCUGCGCCUCCCAGGCCGGCCCCCCGGGGAGAGGCAGUGAGUUCGAGUGUCACCAGGGGCCACGGGAUCUCUUUGUGUCGUGACAGCCACGUCUGCCCUCAGAGAGUGACACCGAUGAGAGAAAUGCACAGGCCAGCCCUGCAGGAAUGUUUCCCAACCACCCACCAGACUAAACCAAGUCAGACCCCAAGGAUCCCAGUCGCCCCAGGCAAGUCUUCCCUUCGCCAAAGCAGCGCCUGCAGACCAAACCCUGCUCCCAGGCUGCACGGGCUCCCCGAGCGGGACCUGGGUCUGGGGGCUCCCGCUUCUGCGCGUAGAGUGCUCCCACGGGCGCUGGGCUUCCUGCUCACCUGGGCUGGCGCCUGCUCUGUCCAGUGGGGCGCAUCGGAAAACCCUCCUUCUCAUCCGCAGCUUGCCCGCUCCCACCUCCCAGGGAACUUGGGUCCCUUCUCCUGCCCCCGCUCCCGGCCUGGGUUAAACCCCGAGUCUCAGCUCAGGGGACAAAGUGCAGGGGCAGUGACCACCCGGCGCUAUUUACGGAGACCUAGUGACUGCAGUGAGCCCGCGCGUAGUGGGUGCACACUCGGACCCUCCCGGCUCUGCCCGCUGGUCCCGCCUUCAUUGUCACCCGAGUGUCCUUGUCCCACACCCAGUU